CAUUCCUUCGUAUAAUGCUGUCGAUACUAUCUAUCAAGGCCGCCCGAAACGUGGACGCAAAUUCAAAGUACCGAAUCAAUCACGCUCAGACAGAAAAAGACUGUGCAACACCAACAAAAUCCAUAUCAACUCGAAAGGAAACGUCACUGAAGAAAAGAUAUUUGACGGAAGCUUUGAAUGUUUAUGUUCCCGGAACUGUACUCAACUUGUUGAUGUUGCUGAUCGAGAGAGACUUUUUAAUCAAUUUUGGAGUGCAGGUUCAUUUCGCACCAGAUGUAUGCUGUUGGUAAAUUGUGUGAAACCGAAUAAAACUUGGAAGCAGACCGAGGAAAUGGGUAGCAGUGACACUGAAGAGCAAGAAACUGAUCGCCGGGUUCCAGACGAAUUCUUGAUAUUUGGAACAGAAGUAUGUAAAAAGGCAAUUACCGGUGUUUUACAAAUUAACGAGUCUCGGAUAAAAACUGCCCUAAAGAAAUAUUGGAACGACCAAACCAUCGAAGACAACAGAGGAAAGGCAAGUGGUGGAUGGAAUGCCUUACCACUUUCGAAGACUGAAAAAGUCAUUGAACAUAUUGUCUCAUUCCCGAAGUACAUAUCACACUACACCAGAGCAAAAACCGAAUCUAAAUACUUGGGUGCAGAUUUAUGUCUGGCGAAAAUUUAUCAGCUGUAUAAAGAAAAAACUGAAAAUGCAGCUGAAAAGGCAGUGAGUCAGUCGUUUUUCAAAAACAUAUUCUACACAAAAUUCAACUUAAGAUUCAAACAGCCGAAGAAAGACACCUGCCUGAGAUGUGAUAUUUACGCCGUAAAAAGAUUAACCUGUUUUGGUACUGAGCUCAAAGAGAUUGAAGAUGCACACGAGGCCCAUUUAGCAGAAGCUGAAUCGCUCUCAUCUCAAAUGAAGGAUGACUGUGCAGAAGCUCAAAACGACGACGACCUGGAAACUCUAACCUUUGACGCGCAGAAGACGCAUAAUUUACCCAAACUUUCUACAAGCAUCGCAUAUUAUAAACGGCAAAUGAACUUAAAUAACUUGGGAAUACACACCGGCAGCACUGGAAAAGGAAAGUUUAAUAUAUGGAUCGAAACUGAGGCAUCCAAAGGCACUCAAGAAGUUGCCUCUUGUUUGAAAAUGCACAUCGAAAAAUUUCCAAAGCCGAAGAAACGCUUGAUUCUAUGGUCAGAUUCGUGUGGAGGACAAAAUCGCAGCAUCAAAUUCGUCAUGAUGAUGAUUUUCAUUUUACAAAAUCACAAGACUUUGGAGACCAUUUCUAUGAGAUACCUUCAGUCAGGUCACAGUUUUCUGCCAAAUGACAGCGAAUUCGGUGAAGCUGAGACUGCUCUCAAAAAACACGAUAAUCUUUACACUGAUACGCAGUACAUGGACAUCAUGAAAGGAUGCAGAUCCGAAGACCAAUUUGAGAUAAACCGAAUGUCGACCGACGACUUCUUUUCGGUCGAAAAUUUGCUGUCGAUGAUAACCAACCGAAAAACGGACAUGAAACAUCAGAAAGUGAGCUGGCUGGACACGCACGAAAUUGUGAUAAACAAAAAUGAACCAGCAAUACUCAACAUGGCGAAAAAAAUCGGUGGACCUUACCAGAGAGUUAACAUACAAAAACUGCGUUGCCCGCUUCAGCUUAAGAAUGUUGUUCUAGAGAAGUUAUGGCCGACAGGAAGACCACUUUCAAAGGAAAAAAUUCAAGAUUUGCGAAGCAUGAUGGGUUUGGUUCUAGAGGAGCACCGUUCGUUCUAUGAUUUUCUGGACGAAGUCCAAGAAGCAGACUUUAUUGAUGACGUUGACGGAUUUGGCGAGAACAUUGAUUUUGAAAUAGAAUACGAAGAGUAGCUGUUUGAGGUAACUGCCUCGUUAUUUGGCAGAGUUCCAAUGAUUCCUUAAACCUUGUGUGGAUGAUCAUCACAGAUUUGAA